CGAAAAGGAAAACACAGUGGGGGUUAUGUUUGUUUAAGACAGACCCUCCGUCGUCUCGUGGUGCCAUAUUAUGGACGAGUUGAAGCUCAAAGCUGGAGAAAAGAUCGGUGCUUUACACGAAGCAGCAAAAUCAGCAGCAGGUAAUGGCCGGUCACGGGUUGAGGAUGCCGUCAACCACACUGUUGAGGUCCUUAAUAAGAUCCGCGAAGCCUUCAACGACAUCUGGCACCACGAGCUGAUCGCGGAGGGCCGGGACCGCAUCGCGGCCUGGACCAGAGACGCGGCUCAGCGCAUCAGGGAUGGGACUCCUCCACUGUCCCCUGUUCUGCUUUAUGAAGAGUUGGUGGCUCUGUUUAAUGAUAGAAUAUGGCGCCGCAGCAUGGUGAUAUUCGCAUGCGGCGUGGCGCUGGGCGGCGGCUGCGGACUGGCCUUAGGGCUCCGCUGCGGGAUCCACGUGCCUAGCGGACCCCACGCGAGAGCCCUGCACGCGCAGAACGACCAGAGCGUCAUACUUGUUGAAGAUGCCACAGCACCAGCGGCGGGGGCAGGCGAAGUGUUGAUACGCGUCCAAGCGUUCAGCGUGUGUCCUUGUGACCGCGCCACCUUACGAGGCCGCGGCGCAGUGUUGCGAGCGCUCUGCGGCCGGAGUCAGCCCGUCGUCGGUCGGGGGUUCGCCGGCGUUGUGCUGGACGUGGGAUAUGGGGUUUGUCAUUUGGAGCUCGGCGAUGAAGUGUGGGGCUGCGUGAGCGAGUGGAGCGGUGGAGCCGCGACAGAGUUACUCACGAUACGCAGUACUCGUGUGAGCAAGCGGCCCCACGGCCUGGCGGCGGACGCGGCGGCGUCGCUGCCGUGGGCCGGCGCGCUCGCCAUACGCGCCCUGGAGCGUCUGCACUGUACCCAGGAAUGUAAGGGGAAACGCAUGGUGAUAUGCGGCGCGGCAAGUGGCGAAGGCUGCGCGUUAAUACAGCUACUCACCGCUAGAGGCGCUCACGUCUCUGUCCUAGCUCCGAGGAAAGCGAGAAACGCUUUACAGAACUUGGGAGCGCAUGAAUACGUAGAGCUAGACGCCAACAACCACAGCACGGCGUCGUGGGCGUCUCUCGCGCAGUACGGCGCCCGCGCCGGCCCGUGGGACGGCGUGCUGGCGUGCGCCGGCGCCGGCGUGCCGGCCGCGGAGUGCUCGCCGGCUAGAGCUGCGCUCAAAGCUACAGCAGCGCGCGAUGCCGUGGUAGAGCUGCGCCCCUCCCCGCUGAUCUCGGACCGGCUCCCCACCCCCCUGUCCGUCGUGUUCGCCGCCUCCUUCUACACCUUCAGGGUCUUGAGGUGGGUGCUCGGCUGUGGGACUCACACGGACUGGUUAGAAGAGAAGCAAAGACUAUCGGCCGGGCUCACAUCUCUGGCUGCACUAGUCAAUGAGGGCACCCUGCGCCCUGUACUGGACAAGGUGUACCUGCCACAAGACUUCGAGACCGCCCUAGCGCACGCGUGCAGCGAAGAAGCCCUAGGGACAACAGUCAUCAGGUUCCCUUAGAAUGAUGCCCUUGUACUGAAAUACAACCUUAAAUACCUGAGAGCCACGGAAAGAACGCUAAUCCCGAUACAUUUGGUUAAAACAAAUGGGACCUUCGGGUUAGUGCGAAUAACUAACGCUCCAGCGGUGUGAUGCGGCAGACAUGUUUAAAAAAAUUGCAAAAACAGUGAAUACUGCUUAAAACCUUAAAAAUAUUGACGCCAAGCACGCAUCGAAAAACACUUUGACGGUCGUCUUUAAGACCGUUCCCUACUGUGGUUUUGCACAUAAAGAGAUGGGAGAAGAUAUC